AUGAGUCCUCAGCUAUGCAAGGAGUUCGAGGAUGUCAUGAAAAAGCGAUUCAAGAUGAGUUCAUUAGGGGAGAUGACCAUGUUUUUGGGGCUUCAAGUUAAAAAAUGUUCAGCCGGAAUCCUGAUUCAUCAAGCCAAAUAUGUGGACGAUAUGCUCGAGAAGUUCAGGUUUAGAGACGCUAAACCUGCUUUGACGCCCAUGGCGGAGAGGCCACUGCUGACUCCUGAUCUUGAAGGCGAAUCCGUAGAUCAAAUGUACUACAGAUCGAUGAUCGAAUCGCUGAUGUAUCUAACUAUGAGUCGCCCAGACAUUAUGUUUGCAGUCUGUCAAUGCACGCGCUACCAGGCUAAUCCUAAACCGUUUCAUCUUAUUGCUGUUAAAAGGAUUUUUCGAUACCUUAAAGGCAGCCCAAAACUGGGUCUUUGGUAUCCGAAAAAUUCCGAAUUUGAUAUUUAUGCUUUUGCAGACAGCAAUUAUGGAGGUUGCGAGCUUGACAGAAAAUCGACUUCAGGUUGA